AUGGCUCGACCUCAACAACGAUACCGGGGCGUUAGGCAGAGGCAUUGGGGAUCUUGGGUCUCCGAAAUUCGCCAUCCUAUAUUGAAGACCAGGAUAUGGUUAGGAACAUUUGAGACAGCGGAAGAUGCGGCAAGAGCGUACGAUGAAGCAGCGCGUCUAAUGUGCGGACCCAGAGCCAGAUCCAAUUUCCCUUACAACCCCAAUGCUCCUCAGACCUCGUCCUCAAAGCUCCUCUCUGCUACUUUGACCGCUAAAUUGCACAAGUGUUACAUGGCUUCCCUCCAAAUCACCAAACAACACCAGCAGCUCCACCUGCGCCAACAGACGACUGAUCACCACAAAAUUCAUUUCACUUCCAGUGCGGCGGUUGCUUCCGGUUCACCUAACUGCCACAACUUUAAUAUUGGUGGUGGAAAUAAUGAUCGUGAAAAGGGUGUCUUGUCUUCGGGGUCCGGAGUGGCGCAGCAGGAGGCGUCGGCGGACCACCAGUUCGUUAAGCAACUUGAAGAAGAUGAUCACAUAGAACAAAUGAUUCAAGAACUGCUGGACUACGAGUCCUCCUUGGAGCUCUGCUAGAUCUCACAAAUUAACUCUCACCUCCUCCAGGUGCCGCUGCUACCGAAAUUUGAAAGCAUUCCGCCGACUAGUCUCUAGUUUGCUGCCUCAUUUUUUGUUGUUAACCCUUCCCGUCCGGGCUUCCCCCAUCCAUUUUGAUCAUUCAAUUUUUUUUCCAUGCACAUUAUUAAUUAAUUAAUUAGGCACUUCGUACGCACGCUAGCUCAUUUAGCUAGGAGCUCCUCCCUCCAUCAACCACCAUCAUCUCAGCUUUCCUAGAAUCCCAGUUCCAAAGCCCGUGUCCGCGUGGUAGUGUAAAAAUGUAUUGGAGAGGGAGGAUACGUCCAAUCCUUAUCCUGGCUAUCAUGGUUGUACAGUACUUUGCCAUGCUAAUGA